AUGCGUGGUGCCGAGACUGGUAACGCCCAUGGGUCGGAUCAUGUCCUCGUCCGUACACGCCUGAAAGUUCACCUCUCAUCCGCACCAAAAAUGCCACGUCCUAGACGCCUCAAUGUCACAAAUAUCCGGCAAGCCAGCACUGCCGAGGCCCUAAGCAGAGAAAUCCGGACCUGUUUUACGGCCCGAGCCGACGGAGAAGUCAGUAACCAAUGGUCGUCACUGAAGACAUCGGUCUAUGGGGCUGCUGAGAAAAUCCUUGGAUACACCCAGCGACGCCGCAGUAACUGGAUCAGCGGAAGAACCCUGCAGUUGUCUGCUCAGACGGCUAGAGCCAGGUCGCGCAACGAUGACUACUUCCGCCAACUUCGGAAGAUGACGGCAAAAUCGGCCAGGGAUGACCGGAAACAAUAUUUGGCUGAAAUAGCGACAUCCAUGGAACAGGCCUCGAACGUUGGUGACACUCGAAAGCUCUACCGUCUGAUCGGCCAAGUUAGCGGUAAGCCCUCUACACUGAGUGACUCUGUUCGCGAUGUGAACGGCGGCUUUAUUGCUGACAACUCGGCCAAAGUCGAGCGCUGGUGUGAGCACUUUGAGCACCAUCUCAACUUUGAUACCCAACCUACAUCGCCCUUGUUCUCCUCCUCAGCGGAGUUUCUUCCCUCUCCUACCUAUGCAGUGCCAUGCGAUCCCCCCUCCGAGGAAGAAGUCGCCGAUGCCAUACGAAAGUUGCGCAACAAUAAGGCACCCGGAGAGGACUGUAUACCCGCUGAAAUCUUUAAGUCCUGUGUCGACACUCUCGCGCCCUGGCUCCAUGAGGUGAUUGAACGCGCGUGGAGAGACGAAGUUUUUCCUGAUGACUGGGGCUUAGGCAUCCUUGUACCUGUCCUCAAGAAGGGAGAUAAGACGAGAUGCGAGAACUACCGCGGCAUAAGUCUCAUCGACGUUGCUACGAAGAUCUUUGCUAUUGUCCUACUCGGACGAUUCCAGCCUGUGCGUGACUCAAGGACGAGGCCCAACCAAGCCGGAUUUCGUGCUGGACGUGGAUGCGUAGAUCAGAUAUUCACACUGAGGCGCAUUCUCGAAUUUCGCCAUAGCUAA